AGGCUCUGGAUUAUUGGAUUUGGAUGUGGCUUGACCCUUCUCGUUUUCCAUUUCUUUCUUGACUUUUUUUUUGGUUUCCUUUCUGCCUGGAGCUUUGGUUGGCGUUAAUCAUUACUACCUACUUGCUAAAUAAUAUUGCAGACUCCAGUUCCCUGAAGAUGGAAUUAAUAUAGGAUCUCACUGAGAGGAAUAACUUUUCUCAAUUUUUAAUCCCCAAGGACGAAACAAAGUCGCAACCUCGUCCAGCAGUAUUAACAACAGUGACAAUGAGUCCUUCGUCCAGUCUGAGACCCUACGGGGCUUCAAACGAAUCUUCACCCAGCGCCUUCCACGCCAUCCCUUUACAUACAAUCCGGGAGGAAGCGGCUUCAGACGCUGAUAUCGACUCAGAUGAGUCUGCUGAGUCUGCUGGAUUCCUAACAGCGCCGAGAGAUGUCUAUCGCCAAAAACGCCCUCGCAGGGUAUUUACCACGUAUCGCUCCCUACCAUUCUGGCAGUGUGGGCACGCAUCAUGCCAUGCUCGACCGUCCUCUGGAAGAGCUCUACUCUGCAAGUUGCUACGACGGCCUUUUUUGCUUCUGAUCCUGUUUCUAGGAGUAUUGAAAUUCUGCUCCCUCGCAUGGGACGCCCUAGUCUAUCUCUUCCCCGACAAUCUCGACAGUCAACUAGGCGCCUGGCACAUCCCCGGGGGACGCUACUCGAUAUUCUCACACUGGAGCACCCAUGGCGUGAUCCCUGUUGGAUGCCAUUCACACAACGACUACUGGCGAGAGAUCCCGCUGCGAUCCGCCGUAGACGCGGGCUGUAUCGGUGUCGAAGCGGAUAUCUGGCUAUCGGAUAACGACCUGUUAGUCGGCCAUACUCGAUUCACCCUCCACCACGACCACACUCUUCGCAGUCUCUAUCUCGAUCCCCUGCUGGAUAUCCUCGACAAACACAACACGCCCUCUAGCCGUCUGCAGCCGCGGCGGGGAAAUGGCUCCGACUUAGCUGGCGUCUUUGCCAACGAUCCUUCUCAGACUUUGGUUCUGUUGCUCGAUUUUAAAACUGACGGCGACGUCCUCUGGCAACAUGUCGUUGAUCAACUCGAUAGUCUCCGUCAGGCAGGGUACUUGACGCACUUUAAUGGUACGGCUGUCGUGCAACGACCCAUCACCGUCGUGGCAACGGGGUACGCACCAUUCCAUCUCAUCGUAGCAAAUACCACCUAUCGAGAUAUCUUCCUCGAUGCGCCCCUGGAUAAACUACGAUUCAGGGACCCAUCCCCUUUCGACCAGCCAGCAGAACAACAAGAAACCGACCGAGAAGAAGAAGAAGGAGAAUACAUUUCCGAAGACUACAGCCUCUCCAACAGCUACUACGCCUCCGUUGAUUUCCGCAAAGCAAUCGGUCCUCUCUUCCACAAUCGCUUCUCGCAAGCCCAGCUCGAGCUCCUACGAGAUCAAGUCCGCGCAGCUCACACGCGCGGUCUCAAGGUUCGGUAUUGGGGCACACCGACUUGGCCGCGCGGUCUACGGAAUCAUAUCUGGCAUAUCCUGGUGCGCGAGGGUGUGGAUUUGAUUAAUGUGGAUGAUCUUCGAGAGGCGACGAUGCAGGAUUGGAGGAAGCAUCGGAGUUGGUUUUCUUAGUUGUAGCGAGUAUAUGUGUGCGGGUGGAGUUUCUUUCUUUCUUUUUUUUUGUUUUUUUAUGUUUUUAAAGAUGGAUUAUUAUUGUAGAGUAAUGAAGGUCACAUGUGCGAAAUCUGAACUGAACCUGUGUGUAUAAAUAAAUAAUGAAUAUGACUGUUUCACAGAAUAAUACCGUUUCUCAGAGAAUCGUAUCAUUCCCAGCAUGAAUCGAUC